AUGGAAGUGAAGUGGAUUCACGUCUUGGUCAUCUUCUUCCUCCUGCUCUCUGUUGCUAUGAUGGGCUGCUUCCUCUGGCAGUACAGCCUCCCCAAGGUGGAGCUCAGCCCAUCUGUGAUGGAAGUGAGAUCAGAAGCUGUACAGAUGUGUCCCCGCUAUCCUGAACCGGUACCACUGGACCACCCCAUCCCCAUUCUGAAGGAUGCACUGGAGAAGGUGGAUAUGAAGCUGCGCCAAAGGAUUCAUAGCUCUGGUGUCCCUGCCAUGUCUGCCAUAGUUAUCUACAAUGAUACUGUUCUAUGGACAGGCAACUUUGGGAAGAAGAAUGGUUCGGACCCCUUCUCAGUGGUGCCCAAUGAGUACACCAUUUACAGAAUUGCCAGUGUCUCCAAGAUCUUUCCCACCAUUAUGUUGUACAAGAUGUGGGAGGAAGGGAAAGUCACGUCCCUGGACGACCCUUUGGAACGCUAUGCCCAGAACUUUGCUAUUAAAAACCCUCUGGGAAGACUUAAGGAACCAGAACAGAGAUACACAGCAGAUGGACUGAUUUUUUUGGAAAAAGGCUCGAUGCCACUUAAGCCAUCACCUGUUACCUUGCGCAGAAUGGCCAGCCAGCUCUCAGGUCUGCCCAGGCGGCUGCGAUCUACCAGCCUGCUGUGGAAAGGCAAUACGCAAGAUGCCCUAGCUCUCCUGAAAGAUGAUGUAUUGGUUGCUGACCCAGGAACCAGGUGCCAUUACAGCAAUUUAGCCUUCUCACUGAUGGCACAUGUGCUGGCUGACCACGUGGCGGAGGGGGAAUACCAGCGUUGGAUCUCAGAGAACAUCCUGGACCGCUUGGGCAUGGAGGAUACCGGCUUUGACAUCACGCCUCCGAUCCGCUCCCAGAUGGCCGUGGGCUUCUAUGGCAGCCGGCAGCCAGCCCCUCUUUACGACCUCGGCUGGUACAGGCCUUCUGGCCAGAUGUACUCCACAGCUGCUGACCUUGCCAAGCUGGCAAUGGUCUUUUUAGGCACCUAUCACCGUCGCCUCUUAGAGCCUGACACUGUGAAGACGAUGCUGACCCCUCUGUUUAAGUGCUCCACUGACUAUUUUGCUAACAAGACUGGCACACCGUGGGAGAUUAAUGAGCAAUUGGGCUAUGAUGUCAUUAGGAAGGAUGGAGACCUCGAUGGUUAUUCAGCUACUUUCUCCCUUAUCCCCAAACUCCGUCUGAGCUUCAUUGUGCUGAUGGCAGGACCUAGGCCACAGGGGAGAGACAUUGUGAGCCAGACAUAUGAGUAUCUUAUUCCUGCCAUGGAGACGGCGUUCAGGGAAGCAGAGAAAAGCUUGAUUCCUCCUCCAAGCCCAGUCCCUUAUGUUGGCUACUACACCUAUUCCAAUCUGACUUUCUAUGAGAUCAAAGUUGGACCUGGUGGGGUGCUGGUCAUGCAGCAGUUUGGGCCUCAUGUUGAAGAGCUAAUCCCUGAAAAGUACCGGACAAUCAAGCUCCACCACUUGGAAGAUCGAGUCUUCCAGGUUGUUUUUGACAAGGAGUUCCCAUGUGUUCUGCACCUGGGCUCUGCCUCCAUCUCGUUGGAGACUCAAGAUGGGCAGCUUUUCAAUUUUUAUCCAUUCGAUCGCAAGGGCUUGUCUCCUGGUUUUGAUGCACCAGGGCUGAACACAUACAAUGUGGUGCGUGUGCUUCGUAAACCUGUAUUCUAUAGCUAA